CGGCGGGGCGUGGGUACGGGAGCCGGGCGGGCACGUUCCGAACCGCGGCUUAGGUGGCGACAGCUAAGGAUGCACCCGGCAGGCUUGGCGGCGGCGGCGGCGGCGGGGACGCCCCGGCUGCCCUCAAAGCGGAGGAUCCCUGUGUCCCAGCCGGGCAUGGCCGACCCCCACCAGCUUUUCGAUGACACAAGUUCAGCCCAGAGCCGGGGCUAUGGGGCCCAGCGGGCACCUGGUGGCCUAGGCUAUCCUGCAGCCUCUCCCACGCCCCAGGCAGCCUUCCUGGCUGACCCGGUGUCCAACAUGGCCAUGGCCUAUGGGAGCAGCCUGGCCGCACAGGGCAAGGAGCUGGUGGAUAAGAACAUCGACCGCUUCAUCCCCAUCACCAAGCUCAAGUAUUACUUUGCUGUGGACACAAUGUAUGUGGGCAGAAAGCUGGGCCUGCUGUUCUUCCCCUACCUACACCAGGACUGGGAGGUGCAGUACCAACAGGACACCCCGGUGGCCCCCCGCUUUGACGUCAAUGCCCCGGACCUCUACAUUCCAGCGAUGGCUUUCAUCACCUACGUUUUGGUGGCUGGUCUUGCGCUGGGGACCCAGGAUAGGUUCUCCCCAGACCUCCUGGGGCUGCAAGCGAGCUCAGCCCUGGCCUGGCUUACCCUGGAGGUGCUGGCCAUCCUGCUCAGCCUCUAUCUGGUCACUGUCAACACCGACCUCACCACCAUCGACCUGGUGGCCUUCUUGGGCUACAAAUAUGUCGGGAUGAUUGGUGGGGUCCUCAUGGGCCUACUCUUCGGGAAGAUUGGCUACUACCUGGUGCUGGGCUGGUGCUGCGUGGCCAUCUUUGUGUUCAUGUUUCCCCUUUUGCUGGGCGCAGAGGCUCAUGCCUGUAAUCCCAGCACUUUGGGAGGCCGAGGCGGGCAGAUCACAAGGUCAGGAGAUUGAGACCAUCCUGGCUAACACGGUGAAACCCCGUCUCUACUAAAAAUACAAAAAAUUAGCUGGGCAUGGUGGUGUGUGCCUGUAGUCCCAGCUACUCAGGAGGCUGAGGCAGGAGAAUCACUUGAACCCAGGAGGUGGAGGUUGCAGUGAGCCGAGAUCGCACACCUGCGCUCCAGACUGGGUGACAGAGCAAGACUCCGUCUCAAAAAAUAAAAAUAAAAAAUAAACUCAGUUUCCCCUUUUGUAAAAUAGGAUGAUGAUACUUGCACCUCAAGGUGCUGGGAGGAUUCACUGUGGGCAUGUGAGAAGCAGAGGGCAGACCGUGGUGGCUGGUGGGCCAGGGCAGAGCCUCAGAUAAACUUUGACUUAGGUCUCAUCAUUUAAAAGUUUAGGCCAAGCACGUGACUCACAUCUGUGAUCCCAGCACUUUGGCAGGCUGAGGCAGGAGGAUCACUGGAGGCCAGGAGCUUGGUACCAGCCUGGACAACAUAGCAAGAUCCCAUCUCUAAAAAAAUAUAAAAAUUAGCCAGGCAUAGCAGUGUGCACCUGUAGUCCCAGCUACUUGGGAGGCUGAGGUGGGAGGAUCACUUGAGUCUGGGAGGUUGAGGCUGCAGUGAGCUGAGAUCACGCCACUGCAGUCAAGCCUGGCAGACAGGGUGAGACCCUGACCUUUUUUUUUUUUUCUUUCUUUUUCUUUUUGUGAGACAGAGUCUCGCUCUGUCACGAGGCUGGAGUGCAGUGGUGGGAUCUCGGCUCACUGCAACCUCCGCCUCCUGGGUUCAGGAGCAAUUCUCCUGCCUCAGCCUCCUGAGUAGCGGGAUUACAGGCACGCACUACCACGCCCAGCUGAUUUUUGUAUUUUUAGUAGAUACGGGGUUUCACCGUGUUGGCCAGGAUGGUCUCGAUCUCCUGACCUCGUGAUCCGCCCGCCUUGGCCUCCCAAAGUGCUGGGAUUACAGGUGUGAGCCAACGCGCCAGGCCAGAGACCCUGUCCUUUAAUAAAAAUAAAGAUAGCA